AUGAGAGCGGUCGGAACAACAGCAGACCCGGCACAGGUACUUCUACAGCUGGAAGAACCUCAGCACCGGCGCCCGGUUUUGGAAACGUCCGGGAUCGGGAACGGGCGGACGACGACUAUUUCGACAACGACUCGCCGUCCCCCGCCAACCGUGGAGGCAACCUCGCGGUUUUCGGACCCGCACGCGCCGGAGGUCCGGGCGGGGGUCGUACUAUGGAGCUUCACCGCGGCCGAGGAAACCAGCUGGAGCAAGAGUUGCUGCAGCAAAACCGGAUAUGCGCGCGUCGGGACCGGUACGGCAGCAUCGUGA